AUGGCAACCAAUGAGUGGUUAGAAUCUAAUGACUUUGCUUCGAGAAAUGGCCAUUCAAAGUCUGCAGAGCCGACUUCAUCCUUGUUGGCAGCAAGACUGGGGCCGCGCCUUGUAACUCAAGGAAACGAUUCGAAUGGCCACUUGACAAGAGAGACCUUCUCACAGCUUCGCCAGGAGCUUGUUGAGGGGAAAUGUAGUCAACUACGUCUGGAUGACAGUGUUGCAGAUGCUAGCAAGUUAAUUUGCAUUGUUCUGAAAGCAGGACUCGAACCUUGUGUCAAAAAUGAUUGGCUUUGCAAGGCAGCAGAUGCUGAAGGGCAGAUUGUGGACUGUUUAGACAUCAUCCAAACAGUUAUUGCCAGAUCACCUCAAGUCCUCGGCGCAAAUUGCGAUCCGAGUGUCCUGGGGGGGGCUGCGUCCACUCCAUUGUAUGCGUGGAUGUCUUUGCAAUUACUUCAGUUGCUCAGUGGCUGGGGACUGGAUGACAUAGGAAACAGAGUAACUUCCAUUUUUUCCACUGUUGCAUGUUCGCAAUAUAAGCAUAUAAGGCUAUCACCCUCUUGUUAUUCUGCUCUUGCUUUUUCUCGGCGUUGCGUGAAUGAGAUCCUUGUUCACCUCGAAAGUCAUGAUAUCUUAGAGCUGCUCACACCCGGGAGCAGUUUGCCAAUAUCGGUUACCAAGGAUGCAAUGCUCGCUGGCCUUGGUGGACUCGGCCUUUCUCCAAUGAUUCUCAACAAGAAAAUCGUAUUCAGAUCACUACCUCAAACAUUUGUCGUGGUCCUUCGCUUAGUGGAUGCAUUUGUCCCUAGCAAGUCAAUAUCUGAUCAAAUAACCGCUAAGGAUAUUUUGUUUCAACAGGACUUGACUUGGAUCGUGAACAUAUAUCAGCGCUUAUGGAAGAUUGUAGUCCAAUGGGCGCAGAUUCCGGCGUUAGAUGAUGUCGAAGCGAAAUCGCGGGUUUUUGAGCACUUUACGGCCAGUUUACGAAUUCUUCGCAGAUCCAAUUUCUAUUUAUCCGGUCUUCAGUUGUCGCAUCCUGAGGUGACGCGUAUCUUGGUUCAGAUUUGCGGCGAUCUGGUCACCUUAGAUCAGCUGGAUCGAAUGCCGGGUGUUCAAGAAGAAUUAAAGCAACUUCUGGAUGAUUUAUCACACGCUUCCCGUCACAUGUCUAUGCUCCUGAGUCACAUGAGAAAUACCACAUCUGCCAGUGUAAUUGGAAUCACGAAGAGCGAAGGGUUUCAGUCGCUUGAUUCAGGUCUCCAGCGGGGCACAGCUUUGGUUACUUUGGAUUUCGAGGGCGUAGCAGCUCCUGCUAUCUUAGAUAGAGUCCAUCCUCCCGAUGGAUUGACUCAGCAACUUGAACCCGUGCUAUCCCCUGGGAAAAUUCGAAUCUCCCAAUCUGAAGAAAGGUCCAGAGGUCAUCAUAUUGCCGGUGAACUCAUCAGUAAGUCACUUGAGUUGCUGAGCUGCGAAAACUCUCAGAGCAUGGAUCUCUUGCGUCGUGGUAUCUCGGAAAAUUUCUCAACGCUUCCCGACCAGCUUAAAUCAGAAAUUCUCGAUAUCCUUGGCAGGAUCUCAUGUGCUAUGGCGGGGUACUUGUCGAGGUCUAAUGAAUUUGCAUCAGAAGAUUUAUUUUUCUGUUCGGUGUGCGAGGAUGAGACAAAAACGCAAGAGUCCCCGUCUGGCUGGGAACACUCCAAUUUCGACGACUUGUGCAAGGUUUUUACCUAUAUUUUACCCAGAUUGACACGCACUCCUAGUCUCCGAAUGACAGCAAUGAUUGCACUGCGAAGACUGCUAAUUCAUGCUCCUCAAAAUUCAUCUUAUCUACACUUGAAGACGUCUGUUUUCAGGGAGUUCUGUCUUCAUUCCAUCCGAAGUUCCGUCAGAGAGCUGCGAGUAAUCACAGGGCGUUUACUGGUAUGCUUUGUUCGCAAAAGCAUCGAGCCAGAAGUACGUCGAAGCAAUUUUGUCAUUCUAUUAGAGUGGUUAAGAAACAUCUCCGAAAAGCAAGAGCCACCAUUGCAUGAGACUUGUAUUCUGAGCUUGUGUCAUAUCGCGAAGGCUUCUGGUGACGAAGAGAUGAACAUCAUUCUGCUUCGUCUAUUGGAAUACCUGGGUCACCCUAAUCCAUUUGUUUGCGCUAUAGCUUAUACUGAGAUUUCCAAGCUCGCCCAGUGCCUUUCCAUGACCCCUGCUGGUUUAUUCCGACCUUUCUGGAGAACUCUUUCAAUAACAGUCAUGAAGAAUUUCCAGUCUCGCCCGUACAUGGCCGAGCAGCUUUGUGAUUUGCUAGGGAUGAAAGUAGACGAUUUCCUCCGAUUGACCGAGAUUCACAUUUUACCCUAUCUUGUUCUUACUCGAAAACGAGAUAUCAUCAAUAGAGUCGGUGCAGCUUACAAUGAUGUCAAGACGCCUUUCGACGUUUGCUCUGAGAAGAAUAAUCUCGCAGCAAUCCUUUCCUUUCUAAUGAGCCAGCCUUGGUCAAACCCAGAAGGAAUGAUAAUGUCGGUCUUGUCUGAGGUAGAUCCUGCCUUCGAAGGCCGUACUCUGGCGGAUUUGGUCAGAAUAGAGCCAAUUCUAAUUGCCUGUGAGCUUUUGAAGAACCUUGGUGAUUUAGGAGAUGAAAAGGGCGCAAGAUUUCAUCGGGCCCUUCACUUGUUAGCAGCUCUGGUCCCUCGCAAAUCUGCGAAUACGUCCAAGAAAGCCAAUCUAUUGUGUCAUUUUAUCGAGGAACAUGUUCUUGGUAUUAUCACUCAAUUUGCACAUGCGAUCAAUGACUUCCAAAUCAGACAGUCCCUGGUAGAGAAAAAACGGAACAUUCUUGCUAUCGCUGAGAUGAUUGGAGCUGCUCGAGGUCAUAUUAGCAGCGCAUUACCACAGAUAUGUGCAUGUCUGCGCGCAGCACUUGGGAUUCAUGAGCUUUGUGAUCAUGCCUUUUCAGCAUGGUGUGUCCUAGUCAGCUCUUUACAUGAAGACGAAGUUGAACCCCUUAUAGUUCAAUCAUUUUCAACUGUUAUCAAAUAUUGGAAUACCUUCAAUGCACAGAGCAAGCGAAAGGCCCAUGAGCUGAUUGCUUAUAUUCUCAAAUCCUACAGCGAGUUGAUGCACGAUAAUUUCAGUACUAUACCUUCAUUGUCUUCAAUCCGAGAACUGUCCAAUAUCGAGGCUGAGAUUAGCAAGCUGAAAAGGAAGAUGGACGUCCGAAGCCAGCUCUCUGCUUUUGCGCGUCGCUGCCAGAGUGAAAAUCCUGCUGUUGUCGAGCAAUCGUUGACAGAGCUGUUGCCUUAUCUGUCAAAGCAUGACGAAUUUUUGCAUGAGUCCGUCUUGAGCGAACAGCCAGACCCAGUUGUGCCACAAUUAACGAGAUCGUUGCUCGACUGUUGUGUGAAAUUCAACGCAGGUUGUGAUACCAUAACGCUUCUAUCUGCUCAGUGUUUGGGCCUAGUUGGUUGUUUGGAUCCCAAUCGAGUUGACACAGUCAAAGAUAAGAAGGACAUCCUCGUGUUAUCGAAUUUCGACAGGAUGGAAGAGACUUUUGACUUCGUGCUUUUCUUUCUUCAGAACGUUCUGGUUGAGGCAUUCCUAUCAGCCUCUAAUACCAGAGCUCAAGGCUUCCUAGCAUACGCUAUGCAAAAUCUUCUUCGCAUAUGCAACCUAGAUUCCGCCAUCACUCACCGUUCUCGAGACGUUCAUGCGGAUGAAAAAUACCGUCGAUGGCUAGAAUUGCCCGAGACUGUUCGCAACACUCUGACCCCGUUCCUCACAUCUAAAUACACGCUCACCGUUGGUGCUCUUAACUCGAACUGCGACUUUCCAAUAUUCCGCACUAAUAUAACACAUGGCGACUGGUUACGUACUUUGGUACAGCAUCUGCUGCAGAAGGGUAGUGGCGACAAUACACAGUUGAUCUUCAGCGUCUGUAGUCGUGUCGUGAAAGGCCAAGAUAUCUCAAUUGCGAGAUUUCUUCUACCUUUCGCCGUCCUAAACCGUAUAGUCGGUGGUAAUGAGGCAGAAACGACGAAUAUGCAUUGUGAGUUGAAGGCUGUACUGUCACAUCCUCUUCCUGAGGCAAGCAACCGAAUCCAUGAAGCUAUCAUACUAUGCAGUCAAAGCGUCUUUGAGGUUUUGGAUUAUCUCUCACGGUGGCUGCAAGGGAAAAAGAAGCUACUCAACAAUACAAAAGGCCAUGCCUCUCACACGAGUCGUUCUCACAAGGACGUUCCUCAAGAUUCAAUGCCUGGCACAUAUUCUUCUCAAGUUAAGGCGGUUGAAUCUUUCCUGAAUUCAAUACCACCAGAAAUAAUUUCCAAAAGAGCUGUUGAGUGCAAGUCAUUCUCACGAGCACUUUUCCAUUGGGAACAAUAUAUUCGGCGGUGCCACAAUCAAUCAGAGAAGCGCGAACACAAAAGCACCGAGCCCUUGUACCAGCACCUUCAGGAUAUUUACAGUCAAAUUGACGAACCAGAUGGCAUCGAGGGCAUCUCAACAGGCCUGCACAUGCUAAAUAUCGAUCAACAAAUACUUGAACACCGUAAAGCAGGUAGAUGGGCUACCGCACAAAGUUGGUAUGAACUUCAGGUUGAACAAGAACCUGACAAUAUCGACGCGCAGUGGAAUCUCCUCACAUGUCUCCGAGAAUCGGGUCAACAAGACGCUAUACUUGCUAGGUACGAUUCAUUUCAGGCAGGCAGCUCAGUAUCGAGGUUUCUCCCCUUCGCUGUGGAGGCCUCCUGGAUCACGGGAAAGUGGGAGAAGUUGCACCGGUAUCUGCAAUCUUGCUCACAACAGAUCACUGGAGACUUCAAUAUCGGAAUUGGGUCGGCUCUCUAUGCUCUGAGGCUUGGUGAUCGUGCUAAAUUUCAAAACAUCAUCAGUGAACUGCGACUUGGUGUCGCACAAUCGUUGACCCUGAACUCGGUAACUUCAUUACAAUCAUGCCAUGACAGCAUUCUCAAACUGCAUGCCUUGACCGAAAUUGAAAUCAUUUCCAACGCCGGGGGCGUCGAAAAUAGUCCAAAACCAAGUAUCCACAGUUUACUCCAUCGGCGGCUCGAUAUUCUUGGCGGCUAUAUAGCCGACAAACAAUAUCUUCUUGGCUUGAGAAGGGCUACGAUGGAAUUGAGUCACGGUUUUAAGGAUGCCGACAUAGCUGCUUCAUGGCUCACAAGUGCACGUCUCUCGCGCAAAGGAAACUUCAUCAAUCAAGCAUAUCAUUCAAUGCUACAUGCUGCCCGCUUAAAGGACAGAUCAGCCACAAUCGAACAUGCCCGACUUCUUUGGAAAGAUGGCCAUCAUCGAAAAGCCAUACAAACGCUCGAGGGUGCGAUAGCUGCGAACGAGUUCUCCUCAGAGAGCUCCUCAUCAGACGGUCCGAAAAGCGAAAAGCAACAAAAUCUACUCGCUGCUAGGGCCCAUCUACUAUUGGCGAAAUGGACAGACCGAGCGGGGCAGACUCAAUCAGAUGUUAUAGUACAGAGAUACCGCGAGGCCAUUAAACUUCACACACGGUGGGAAAAGGCGCACUAUUACCUGGGCAAGCAUUACAACAAGAUCUUGGAAUCAGAAAAGGCGAGACCUCUAGGGAAGGAGGCGCAGAUUUACCUGAGUGGCGAGGCAUCUAAGCUGGUCAUCGAUAAUUACCUUCGCUCAUUAGCACACGGGAACAAAUACGUCUUCCAAUCACUCCCGAGGAUUCUCACCCUUUGGUUAGAACAUGCUGCUACCGUCGAUCAACCCUUCGAUCCAAAGAGAGGGGAUAACGAGGACUUUCAGGCACAUACACUGAAUCAACGGCGUAAGACCCUAGAUGAUAUGCAUUCUCAGCUCAAGAAGUAUCUGAAUCGGAUGCCAGCGGCACUGCUAUUCACCAUCCUUUCUCAGGUUGUUGCACGGAUAUGUCAUCCUCAUGCCACAGUUUAUGAGCUCUUGACGAGAAUUGUGGCGAAAGCUGUCAAUGCAUUUCCACAGCAAGGACUAUGGACAGUCCUUGCAGUUGUCAAGUCGUCUUCGAAAGAUCGAGCUUCUCGCGGCAUUAACUGCCUUCAUAAAAUAACUGAGGCAAAUAAAAAGUCAAAGGCCGAAUCGCCCUCAGAUAUACGGGGGAUGAUUAACCAAGGGCAGAAGUUCUCGGAGGAGAUGCUCAAACUAUGUACAGCUCGGGUUGAAGAGAAGGCAGCGAAGAUCAAUCUAGCUCGCAAUCUUGGGUUCAACCACAAAGUUGCACCAUGUCGACUUGUCGUGCCGUUCCAGGCAAUGCUAACACCAAGCUUACCAGCAAGUCAUGAAAGCGAAUACCUCAAGGGAUUUAGAGCGUUUCCCAGAGAUCCAACUAGCAUAGACGCUGUGCUCGAUAAUGCACAUGUCUUGAACUCCCUCCAGAAACCCCGAAAAGUGGGCAUCAGAGGCUCGGACGGAAAAGCUUACAACCUCCUCUGUAAACCGAAGGAUGAUUUGCGCAAGGAUCAGCGUCUGAUGGAGUUCAAUAACCUGAUAAACCGAUUCUUCAAGAGGGAUGUGGAAGCAAGCAAGAGACGAAUGUAUAUCAAAACAUAUGCCGUUACUCCUUUGAACGAAGAAUGUGGCCUUAUUGAAUGGGUCGAUAAUCUAAGAACAUUGCGAGAAAUUGUUAUCAAACUACUCAAGGAAAGAGGUAUCAUGCCAAAUUAUAAUGAGAUCAGACACUACCUCAAUGAAGCCUGCUCAGACAUUUCCAAGUUGUCCUUAUUCACGACGAAAGUGCUGUUGAAGUUUCCUCCAGUUUUGCAUGAGUGGUUUGUGGAAAUGUUUCCAGAAACUGGGACAUGGUUCACGGCACGACUUCGUUACACCAGGUCGUGUGCAGUGAUGUCGAUGGUUGGAUACGUUCUAGGUUUGGGUGACCGGCACGGCGAAAAUAUUUUGUUCGAAGAGGGUACAGGUGGCAUUAUACAUGUCGAUUUCAAUUGCUUGUUCGACAAAGGACUGACCUUCGACAAACCCGAACUGGUUCCAUUCCGUCUCACCCACAACAUGAUUGAUGCUUUCGGGGCGUAUGGAUACAAUGGUCCAUAUAGAAGAACAUCUGAAAUCAGCCUUUGCCUUUUGCGUCAAAACGAGGAUGCUCUCAUGACCGUGCUCGAGACUUUCUUACAUGAUCCUACAACCGAUUUUAUAGGAAGGAAGGUAGGCAGCCUAACCUCCUGGCAAGAAUUUCCCAAUGCUGAUAUGCGAUGGAAGCGGCGCGCCCAUGCUAAUGUUCCAGAAACUCCCGCUGGUGUACUGGAUAAUAUUCGGAAUAAGCUUCGGGGUCUAUUGCCUGGAGAAUCGGUCCCCCUUUCGGUGGAUGGCCAUGUUGAUGAGCUUAUCACACAAGCUAGUGACAAGAGAAAUCUGGCUGCAAUGUAUAUCGGUUGGUGUGCAUUCUUUUAA